AUGUUUUUAUUUUCAGUUAAUUAUUUAUGUAUUUUCGUUUUUUUCCUCCUUUGUCUACUUUUUUUUUUCCAAGCCGAUUCUUUGCUUCUUUGUGUUUUUCUUUGUUUUCUCCUUCUGACGCUUUCUGUUGCCUUUGUUUUCCUUAUUUGCCUUUGUUUUCCUUAUUUGUCUUUGUUUUCUUCUUUUUCCAUGAAUUCCUUUUUCCUUCUCUGCUUCUUUCCUUUGUCCUUACCUUCCUCUAUGUUCCGUUUGUAUUUUUUUUUCAUGUGUGUCUUUUCUUUUUGUUUGUUUUUUUAUUUUCUUCUUAUUUGUUUUUUCUUUUCUUCUUGUUUCUUUUUUCUUUUCCUCUUGCUUGUUUUUUGUGUCUCGUUUGUUUUUCGUAUCUUGUUUGUUUUUUUCUUCUUAUUUGUUUUUUCUUUUCUUCUUGCUUGUUUUUUUGUGUCUCGUUUGUUUUUUGUGUCUCGUUUGUUUUUUGUAUCUUGUUUGUUUUUUUCUUCUUGUUUGUUUUUUCUUUUCUUCUUGUUUGUUUUUUGUGUCUCGUUUGUUUUUCGUAUCUUGUUUGUUUUUUUCUUCUUUUUUCUUUUCUUUUUGCUUGUUUUUUUUUUCGUCUCGUUUGUUUUUCGUAUCUUGUUUGUUUUUUUCUUCUUAUUUGUUUUUUCUUUUCUUCUUGCUUGUUUUUUUGUGUCUCGUUUGUUUUUUGUAUCUUUUUUGUUUUUUUCUUCUUGUUUCUUUUUUCUUUUCUCUUGCUUGUUUUAUUGUGUCUCGUUUGUUUUUCAUAUCUUGUUUGAUUUUUCUUCUUGUUUGUUUUUCGUUUCUUGUUUGUAUUUUCUUUUCUUUUUGUUUUUUUUCCUUUCUUCUCGCUAUUUUUUUUCUUUCGUUAUUCUUUUUUUUUUGUUUUUCUCUGAUUUUUCCUUCUUCUGGGCUUUAUCUUUCUUCCUUCUUACUUUUCUUUUCUUCUGCUUUUUAAACGAAAUUCUUUUUCUAUCUUUAGUUAUCUCUUCCAUUUUUUAUAUAAUUUUAAACAUUCUCUUUCUUUUUCCUGUUUUGUCUCUUUCUCUCGCCAUAUUACUUCUAUGUUCGUUCUUUUUCCCACGAGCUUCGUUCAUCGUGUGUCCCCUCUUUCUUUCAUUCUUUUCACCUAUUUUCUUUUUAGUUUUCAAUUGUAUUAGUCUUUCUUUUCAACUAAUAAUUCCUCUUCUUUUUAAGUUUUCUUUCUUUUCCCUCUGUUUUUCUUUGAUUGGCAUCUUCAGUUUCCUUCCUAUCAAUCAUAUUUCUGUCACAAUAACACCACGAUUCUCUUUCAUUUUCUCAUUUACUAGCCUUUUCCUUCGCACUUCCGUCUUCACCUUCUUUUCACCUUAUAAAUUAACUUCUUUGUCCUUCAUUUCACCCCUGCCUGGCUUGCCCCCUCCCCCCACGCGCACCCAUCCGCCUACACACUGA